AUAUAUUUUUUGGGAAUAUUAUUUUCAGUUUAGGCAAUUCAAUAUCAAACUUUUUUUAUUAAAAUGUCUUUACAAUCCAAUUUAGCCGAAUAUGCUGCGGAAUUAAUGGUCUAUUUUGAAAAACACAAAUUAAUUGAAAUUUCAAAGCGCAUUUUGGUGGAGUGUGCAUUAGAACGGCCCGACAAUGUGCCAUUGUGGAUGGGUAAAAAUAUUAAACGCAUUGCCGCCAGCAUAUAUCAGGACUGCCUAAACCAGGGGAAAGAUGGCGUGAUAGCAUCCUUACAUUUAUCAGCGAAUUUUCUAUAUAGGGUGGUGUUUUUUGGAAGACGAGGCUCAGGACGCAAAACUCAAGCUAUAUACUUGGCCAGGCGAUUCAAUUUGGUUUAUCUUAACGCAGAAAAUCUUAUUCAUCAAUAUCUGAGAGGAGACGAUAAAAAUCCCCAAGAGCCUUUGGCUCGGGAACUACAAAGGGCUUUUUAUUACAAUAAUUGUAAAGCCAAGAGCACAGCUUUAGCUGCUAUUAUAUCCAAACGUCUUUUGGAUGAGGAUUGCCUUACUCAAGGUUGGGUCUUGGUGAAUUUCCCACAUACCACAGCAGAUUUUAGGGAAUUAUUGGAGAACUUUAAAAUACCACCCAAUAAGGUGGUGUAUCUGCAAUGUCCUGAAGAGAUUUGUAUGAGUAGAUUACUUGAUAUGCCAAAUUGUGGACUGCCUAGCAACAAUCGCAAGUAUUUUGAACAAGAGAUGUGGUUUUACAAACAAAAUGAAAUCGCCAUUGAUGAGUACCUAAGCAAGAGACAUGAAACAAUUUAUGUUAACGGAUCAGGCAAUUCACAAGCGGUGAAAAAUGAAAUGUUUGCAAAGCUUGAAAAGACGCCAUACAUCAUGGGUUGCAAACAAGAUACAUGGGACCUGAUGAAUAAAUAAUUUAAGUUGUUGACAAUUAAAACGAAAAAAACAAACAAAAGCUUCAUUAGGCAACCAAUUUUCCAUAUAGAAGAUGAUUUGGACGGGAUAUAAAUCGUACAAGAGCAUACUAAAGAAAUUUCAUUAAUUAAUACCUAUAUGAGUUAAUGAGCCAUUGGUCAUACUCACACCACCAUCACGUACCUAUCAUUUUUGUUUCAAAACUUAACACAUCAUGAUGAUGCUGUAGGUUAUUGUGUCCUCGCCUGCGAUUUUAAUAAAUUUGACAUAAAUGACCCCCUAUUCUUCAGCUAUUCCCACGAAAUUUACAUAGAUAUUUUAAUAAUAAAUUAAUUAAUAAGAGCAUCUAAACAGCGCCACACUCGUCAUCGGCCAAUCACUGGCACUAGGAAAACAUCGAAAUUCCAAGCAAGCAUCAUAGGCAAAAUGUAAAUUGUAUUACGGAAGAUAAGUGACAACAACCAACGGUACACCACACCACUGCCAUCACAAUUAUCUACCCUUGUACGUCUCGUGAGGAGACUACGCAUCAAAGUAAUACUAUUUAUGAUAUUAUUACUCACAUUUCUUUGCAUUUUUCUUUUUUAAUAAACACACACACACUUCCUUACCCACUCCCCCUUCGACAACUAACAAACAGCCCCACGAUUUCUCUAUGGAUAAUAAGAAAAUAAACAAUAAACUGUAUUUAAAAAGAG